CUACAGCCACCCCCGGGGUCCUCGGCCUCCGUGGUGGCAGCGGCAGCGGCGGCCGCAGCAGCGUCGGGGACACCACAGUCGCUGAAGUUGACGUAUCCAGAGACGUUGGAUCGCAUCAAAGAGGAAUUCCAGUUCCUACAGACCCAGUAUCACAGUUUGAAGCUGGAAUGUGAGAAACUGGCCACCGAAAAGACUGAGAUCCAGAGACACUACGUUAUGUAUUACGAGAUGUCCUACGGCCUUAACAUCGAAAUGCACAAACAGACGGAGAUUGCCAAACGGCUGAAUGUGAUCUGUGCCCAACUCAUCCCAUUCCUGUCACAGGAGCACCAGCAACAGGUGGUCCAAGCUAUGGAGCGCGCCAAACAGGUGACCAUGGGGGAGUUAAAUGCUUCCAUAGGGGUACGUGGGCUCCCCCCUCUGCCUCAUAGCCAGCAGCUUCAGGCACAGCACCUUUCUCAGCACGCUCAGGGUCUGCCGGUGGGACCGCACCCGUCGGGAUUACCCCACCCAGGCCUGGCACUGGGUGGGGGCUCUGGUUUGCUGGCCUUGUCGGGAGCGCUGGGGGCCCAGCUGGCCGCCAAAGACGAAAGGGCUCACCUGGAGGCAGCUGCCGCUGCGGCAGCGGCCGCCGAACAACAUCGAGACCGGGAAGCUGGACCAAGCUCUCUGUCCAAUGGGGACAAAGGUCGCUCAGCAGACUACCUCAGCAACGGCAAGAAGAGGAAAGCUGACGAGAAGGAAUUCAUGACUGACUAUGGCAGCGAUGCAGAUAAAAGUGAUGAUAACUUGGUGGUUGAUGAGGACCCGUCGUCACCCCGCAGUGUGCAGUCCUACUCCUCCAGGGAGAACGGCCUGGAUAAGAUGCCACCCUCUCGCAAGGAAGGCCCGCCGCAAGCCAGCCCCACCUCACUGGCAUCCUCCAGCAGUGCCGCGUCACCGUCGCGUGGCAAGGAGCCCACACAGAGAGAAAAGUCCAGCACUCCAGGUAUGAAGCCAGGUACCCCAAUGUCCCAAGAGUCCAAUACCCCUGGACCUAGCGGACCACCGCAAUUCAGACCCAUCCCCAGCAAACCUGGUGUCGACCCACUAGCUCUGGGUCUAAGGAAUCCCUUGGUCGUGCAGGGAGCAUACCCUCCGGGGGCUUUCGGUCUGCCACCUCCCGGGGUCAACGGGGACCUGCCUGGGGCAGCGGCUUACGGCGCCGGCCUUCACCUGGUGUCCCCGCAGAUGAAUGGAGCGGCGGCGGCUGCUGCUGCAGCGGCGGCGGCAGCAGCGGCGGGCUACGGACGCUCCCCAGUGGUGGGCUAUGAGUCCCCUCACCCACACAUGAGAGUGCCCGGGUUGCCGGCCAGCCUUCAGUCGGCUGCCUCUGGAAAACCGGCUUACUCGUUCCACGUGAGCGCUGACGGGCAGAUGCAGCCUGUGCCCUUCCCGCCGGACGCCCUGCUAGGCCCGGGCAUCCCUCGUCACGCCCGGCAGAUCCACAGCCUGAGCCACGGCGAGGUGGUAUGCGCUGUCACCAUCAGCACAUCCACGCGUCACGUCUACACGGGAGGCAAAGGCUGCGUGAAGGUCUGGGACAUCAGCCAGCCGGGUAGCAAGAGUCCCAUGGCACAGCUCGAUUGUCUGAACCGCGACAACUACAUCCGCUCGUGUAAACUGUUGUCGGAUGGACGCACGCUGAUCGUGGGCGGCGAGGCCAGCACGCUGUCUAUCUGGGACCUGGCCACGCCCACCCCUCGCAUCAAAGCCGAGCUGACAUCGUCGGCGCCCGCCUGCUACGCUCUGGCCAUCUCGCCCGACAACAAGGUGUGCUUCUCUUGCUGCAGUGACGGGAACAUCGUCGUCUGGGACCUGCACAACCAGACGCUCGUCAGACAGUUCCAGGGCCACACGGACGGAGCCAGCUGCAUCGACAUCUCCAACGACGGCACCAAGCUGUGGACGGGAGGACUGGACAACACGGUGCGCUGCUGGGACCUGAGGGAGGGACGCCAGCUGCAGCAGCACGACUUCACAUCACAGAUCUUCUCUCUGGGUUACUGUCCGACGGGCGAGUGGCUGGCUGUGGGGAUGGAGAGCAGCAACGUGGAAGUCCUCCACGUGUCUAAGCCCGACAAGUACCAGCUGCACCUUCACGAGAGCUGCGUGCUCUCGCUCAAGUUCGCCUACUGCGGUAAAUGGUUUGUGAGCACGGGUAAAGACAACCUACUGAACGCAUGGCGGACACCUUACGGCUCCAGUAUAUUCCAGUCCAAGGAGUCUUCGUCCGUGCUGAGCUGCGACAUCUCCCCCGACGACCAGUUCAUCGUGACGGGCUCAGGGGACAAGAAAGCCACCGUCUAUGAAGUCAUCUACUGA